AUGCCGGCGGCGGCCGGGGACGGGCUGCUGGGCGAGCCGGCGGCGCCCGGGGGCGGCGGCGGCGCCGAGGACGCGGCCAGGCCGGCGGCGGCCUGCGAGGGAAGUUUCCUGCCGGCCUGGGUGAGCGGCGUGCCCCGCGAGCGGCUCCGCGACUUCCAGCACCACAAGCGAGUGGGCAACUACCUCAUCGGCAGCAGGAAGCUGGGCGAGGGCUCCUUCGCCAAGGUGCGCGAGGGGCUGCACGUGCUGACCGGAGAGAAGGUGGCCAUAAAAGUCAUUGACAAGAAGAGAGCCAAAAAGGACACUUAUGUCACCAAGAACCUUCGGCGAGAGGGGCAGAUUCAGCAGAUGAUCCGCCACCCCAACAUCACCCAGCUCCUUGAUAUCUUAGAGACGGAGAAUAGCUAUUACCUGGUCAUGGAGCUAUGUCCUGGGGGCAACCUGAUGCACAAGAUCUAUGAGAAGAAGCGGCUGGAGGAGUCUGAAGCCCGCAGAUACAUCAGGCAGCUCAUCUCUGCCGUGGAGCACCUGCACCGGGCUGGGGUGGUCCACAGGGACUUGAAGAUAGAAAAUUUGCUACUAGAUGAAGACAAUAAUAUCAAGCUGAUUGACUUUGGUUUGAGCAACUGCGCGGGGAUCCUGGGCCACUCCGACCCGUUCAGCACACAGUGUGGCAGCCCGGCCUACGCCGCACCUGAACUUCUCGCCAGGAAGAAAUAUGGCCCCAAAAUCGAUGUCUGGUCCAUAGGUGUGAACAUGUAUGCCAUGUUGACUGGGACCCUGCCUUUCACGGUGGAGCCUUUUAGCCUGAGGGCUUUGUACCAGAAGAUGGUGGACAAGGAAAUGAACCCCCUCCCCACCCAGCUCUCCACAGGUGCCAUCAACUUCCUGCGCUCUCUCCUGGAACCAGAUCCUGUGAAGAGGCCCAAUAUUCAGCAAGCACUGGCGAAUCGUUGGCUUAAUGAGAAUUACACGGGCAAAGUGCCGUGUAAUGUCACCUAUCCCAACAGGAUUUCCCUGGAGGACCUGAGCCCAAGUGUGGUGCUUCACAUGACGGAGAAGCUGGGUUACAAGAACAGCGACGUGAUCAACACUGUGCUCUCCAACCGCGCCUGCCACAUCCUCGCCAUCUACUUCCUCUUAAACAAGAAACUUGAGCGCUAUUUGUCAGGGAAAUCUGACAUCCAGGACAGCAUUUGCUACAAGACCCAGCUCUACCAGAUAGAAAAGUGCAGGCCCACCAAGGAGCCCUACGAGGCCUCCCUGGACACCUGGACAAGAGACCUUGAAUUCCAUGCUGUGCAAGACGAAAAGCCCAAAGAACAAGAAAAAAGAGGAGAUUUUCUUCAUCGGCCGUUUUCCAAGAAGCUGGACAAGAAUGUGCCCUCGCACAAACAGCCCUCUGCCUCUCUCAUCACACAGAUUCAGAACACUAAAGCUCUGCUGAAGGACCGGAAGGCCCCCAAGUCCGGCUUCCCCGACAAAGAUUCCUUCGGCUGCCGCAAUAUUUUCCGCAAAACCUCAGACUCCAACUGUGUGGCUUCUUCUUCCAUGGAGUUCAUUCCCGUCCCACCCCCCAGGACCCCCAGGAUUGUCAAGAGACCAGAGCCCCCUCAGCAGGGCCCUGGGGGCCCUGGCAUCCCCCCCAAGGAAGACCCCCUGGUGCUGGAUAUGGUACGCUCCUUCGAGUCCGUGGAUCGCGAGGACCACCCCGAACCACUGUCCCCGUCUCAUCACUAUAGGGCUCUAGGCUCACCCGGGGGCUUGGCCCGUGGGAAUCCCGGCGAGCGGACGCUCUCCCCGGCCCUGCUGCCUGGAAGCCUGUCCCCUCUGCAAACUCCUUUGCAUCCCACUCUGGUCUCCUUUGCUCACGAAGAAAAGAACAGCCCCCCAAAGGAAGAGGGCGUGUGUUCCCCAUCUCCGGCUCCCAGUAAUGGCACCACGCAGCCCCUGGGGAGCCCAAAUUGCGUGAAAAGCCGGGGCAGGUUCCCCAUGAUGGGCAUCGGACAGAUGUUGCGGAAACGCCAGCAGAGCCUGCAGCCCUCCGCAGACAGGCCUCUGGAGGCCAGCCUGCCCCCGCUGCAGCCCAUGGCCCCCGUGAGCCUCUCCUUCGAUGUGCCCGAUGGGCUCAAAGGCCAGUGCUGACCUGGGCCAGGGGCAGGGUUCUGGGUAUUUCUUAGGAAAGUAACGGAACAGAGCUCCCCACGUGCAUCGGGUUGUGAAGAUUGGAAGGCCUCGUGGGAGCCUCCUUUAGGGCCUCUCCUCUCCCCCUGCCGGGCCAUGUCCCAACUGUGAGCGGCUCACACCCACAGACCCAAAGCCUGCACCACCCGGGCUUGUGCAGGGACCCCAGAGAUGCUGGAAUUUACUAGGAGGUGUGGCUAGAGGGGCAGCGUCCUGUUCUCCUCCCAGCCCGCCCACUCCCCCCCCACUUGCCCACCUCCCUCUGCUGGGCCGCUGGGGGGCAUCGGCCUCUGGGCUGCUCACAUCCCAGCCUGUUUUGGAUCUUUGCUCACUUUGUGCUCUGUGGCUGCCUCUCAGGACUGUGACUUCUCCCCACGUGACUGGCGGUGUCCCAGGGUGGUUCCCCUUCCUCUCGUAGAGGUGAAUCCCUGCCCGCCCGAGGAGCCCCUGACUCAACUGCCAGGCCCGGGGCACUGCCAGCAGGACACCCCCUCCCUCUGUGUGGGAAGGGGCACCGGGGCAAGGACAGAGCCAAAGCGUGGGCACCCCAAUGAAAGGAAGAGGCCAAAGGGGACACACAUUUGCCAUCUUCUGUUUUGGUUGAACCUUGCUAAGCAUCGGCGUAUCUUUUCCAAAGAUGAUUUUUUCCUUAGGGGAUGUCAGAUCAAAGUAACAGAAUUUAAAAAAAAACCUGGGUGGGGAGAUGAGAAGCGAUCCUACCAAACUCGUGUUUUCACGAGAGGAUAUGCACGGAGGGCACCGGCACUCUCCCACGUGAUGUUUCCAGUGGCCACUGGCCCUCCCAUGGCCUGCAGGAGGGCAUGAUCGUGGCGGGCCCUAUGUUCUUCCUGCUGUGCCAACACAACCUGAACCUUCUGGAAGGCAUGGGACAUACUUACAGUUAAUGAUUGAGAAAGAGAGAAGAUGUUAAGGUUGAAUGUAGAUGCAUCUGGAAGGCAUCGCUCAUUACCUCUGCUCAAUGCAGUCUUCGAGCUGCCAAGAAACCAAGUGUGGUUUCGGUGGGACAAGUUUGCUGUAAGCUCUGAGCAGCCUCACGCGGCGGGGAUCACGUUCAGAAUGCAGUUCCAUGUCUUCUCUGAGGAAAGCAGCAUUCCUCAAACGUGCUUUGAGUCCACGUUCUGUGUUCAUACCUUUUGCCAAGGUUCGAACCAAAGAUGCAUCUCCGGUUCUGUGUCCGUGCCAUCCCGUGUGGUUUUGUGGAUCUCGGUGUUGUCUGACCGUGUCUCCCAGGAGCCUGCUGGGGCUGUCUCCACGUGGGGCCUGGGCCCUGGCACUUGGCGGGGGCUGCUUUGUCAUGAGCAAAAUUGGAAAAAAGAAGAAUCACCACGGGGUUGGAUAGCGGUUAGCUCAGGAGACGGGUCACACAGUGGCUUGGGGUCUUCAGCUCUUGGCUCGUGCAGGCAUGAGCAGAACUCACAGCUGUGGUCACCCCAAGGCUAGUCCACAGCCCAUUGAGUCUGAAACAGGCCGUGGGCUGGUUCUUAUGUCUUUCCUUAUUUAGCCGUCAUGACCUGCAUCUGCUCUACACGUUUCUGACUGAGCCAGGAAAGAGCGGAUAUUUGGCUGACCCUGGAAGCCACUGAGAUAAGCCCAGUCUCGGCUGACCUUGACAAGACCCUGGAACUGCUCCCUGCCCCCUCGCUGGGAUCCUCCCAGCUGAAGGGCUUGUUAGGAAGGAGUCAGGCUCCUGGCUGUUGGUGUUAUUCCUCUGUAUGGCUCCAGACCGGGUUCCAGAACUUUCCAUUGAAAAUGGAGCUUUUUAAGUGGAGAGAAGAAAAGCAUCUGAAAAAGACCUCUCUCCGUUUGACGUGAAGUGUCUGGUUUUUGAUCGGUGAAGGAACCUUUUUUGAAAGUGUGACGCUCUGCAGGUUUGCAGGCUCUGUCCCUGUGCCUUGUGAACUUCUUUCCCUCUAUGUCUCGUUCUUGUAUUGUGCUUUCCUUGAGAACGUGAGUGUUUUUCUGUAUCGCUGUUAGCUCAUUGGGACAUGCAUUCUGUUCCUCGACCCAGCCGCACACGGUCAUACAACUAACUGACCGUGUCACCAUUGGUCACUUGAACUGUGAACUCAGGUUUAUUCCAGAACCCAGUGAGAGGUGAGGGGGGAGUUAAGAAGGGGGGGGGGCAACUGUAUUUUUUGUAUGUGAGCACCUGACAAAUUUAUGAAACCAAGUGAAAGAAGAAAUGUUAAAUUCUUUAUUAUUUUAUUAUAUUUAUAUGGGAAAUUUGACUGUCCCUUUGGUAAGUACAAAGUGUGUUGUCUGUGCAACCCAAGACUGUCUGUCAUUAGUCUGUGCCCAUGACCUCAGUCAGCCUGUAGUUAACUGACGGACAUGACCAACCUGUCACCGUGUGAAGUCCAGGAGGAAGAGUCAACUGUAAUUGUACGAUUUGGUCGUAAGUAAGGACUGUAUUUAUGUCACCAUUAUUAAAUAUAUGUACUUUUAUAAUGACUGUGAAAUACACUUUUCCCUCACUCUGA